AUUUAAAGGCCAUCCGCAGCGAAACCAGAUACUAUAAAUGACACGUCUAAUUAUUGAAAAAAAAAACUAUCUUAUUUUCUUAAUAUAGACAAGGGAUCAUGUUGGACGAUGAGAGUUUUUACUCUGUAUGUCCAGAAGUAUUAAUAGUACCUAUAUUCAUUGCAACACGGUGCAAAUCUGUGAAGGUUGAAAUUCAUCCGUCCUGUGGCUCAGGAGGAAAUAUUAUUCAGCUUGCUAAAUUAUGUGAUAAAGUAAUUGCUGUGGAUCUAUCACAUAUACGAGUUCAUAGUGAUUUUUUCAAACUUGGGAAUGAGAUAAAAAGUUCUGUGAUCGUCACCUCACCGCCAUGGGGUGACCCGAGGUGUAACCAGAUGUCCAACAUUGGGCCGUCGACGAUGUUUUUAGAUAAAAUCUGGAAGUACACACUAUACCAGUGGUCGGCAACCGGCGGCCCGCUUUAAAUUCUACGACAACGACAUUUAAUCGAAUAUUAUAUCAAAAAAAUCAUAUUGUAUAAAAUAUAUAAUUGAACGUUUCUAUCAGUCAUAUUUUAUAAUGGUAGAUAUACC